GAAGAUUCAAAAGAAAUUUGAUUCUUUGCCCAAUAAAUAAAAUGCUUAAACCAAACGCAUCGCUUCGUGGCGCAGUUUCUUAGUUGGCACGAAUACCCAUUUUACGAUCGUGGCGCCAAGGGAGAUAGAGAUAGAGAGAGAGAUUCUCAUUCAUAUCUCACCGCGUAGAAGUUUUUGACAAAACCGAAAGACAUGAAAGGAACUGCGAACAUCUCUCCUCUCUGAUGAACAAGGAUACUUCCAUUUCGUUUUCUCCAUUAUCAUCUGCUUUGUUGUUGUUGCUGCUGCUGUUUUUCUCUGGGAUCAUUGUUCUUGCAGGUAACGCAUCAGCUCACUUUUGCGCUGACCAGGACGAUCCUCUCCUUAUGGCGUCCACACUUGGAGACGUUCGCGAUUCUCAGGGAGCUUCCAACUCCGCCGAUGUUGAUGAACUCGCUCGUUUUGCCGUCGAGGAACACAACAAGAAAGAGAAUUCUCUUCUUGAGUUUGUGAGAGUUGUGAAGGCAAAAGAGCAGGUAGUUGCUGGUACAUUACACCAUCUUACUGUUGAGGUUGUUGAGGCUGGUAAAAAGAAGCUGUAUGAAGCUAAGGUUUGGGUGAAGUCAUGGAUGAAUUUUAAAGAAUUGCAAGAGUUUAAGCAUGCAGGCGAUGUCCCCUCAAUUACUCCUUCUGAUCUUGGUGCAAAAAAAGGUGAUCAUCCCCAGGGAUGGCGAGAAGUGGCACCACAUGAUCCUCAUGUUCAGGAUGCAGCACAGCAUGCUCUUCGAACCAUCCAGCAGAGAUCUAAUUCUCUAGUCCCAUAUGAACUGCUGGAGAUCAUUCAUGCCAAGGCAGAGGUGAUCGAAGAUGCUGCAAAGUUUGAUUUGCUCCUAAAGCUGAAGAGAGGGAGUAAAGAAGAGAAGUUCAAAGUGGAGGUCCACAAGAACAAUGAAGGUAACUUCCUUCUAAAUCAGAUGGUGCAAGAUCAUUCCUAAGGGAGUUUGGAUGGUUCAAUAUAAUUAAAUAAAAUACAAGUUUAUGUACAAUAUAACCUUUAAAGCUGUAUACUUCUUAACUUCUUUUGAAGUUCGAGUCGUCAGGCUGAUACAUAAAAAAAACCAUGGUCAAUGAUGUAGCCACUUACUACUUAGGUUUUGGAUCUGUGGUUUCCUUUUCAUCUGCUUUCUUUAAUCCUUGCUUGAAUUGUAUGAACAACAAAACUAAACAAAACAUAGGGAUUGUGGGUAUAUUUUCAAUUCUGGGUUUACACUAUGAAGUGAACCUGUUCCUUUUCGUUUU